AGUCACUGCGGGCUCGUUGAGUUGUGUGGUGCUCCUGGGUUGCUCUUUUACAUCCAUUAGUUUUUUUAAUACCCUUUAAUCAUGUCCGACGAAGAAGAAGUUUACUCCGAAGAAGAGGAGGAAGAAGAAGAAGUCGUUGAGACAAAAACGACCACCACUACGACUACCACCAAAGUCGAAGAAGGAGCGGGCGAUCCAGAAUUCAUUAAGCGCCAAGACCAGAAGAGAUCCGAUCUCGAUGACCAACUCCGCGAAUACAUCACAGAAUGGCGCAAACAACGCGCCAAGGAAGAACAGGACCUCAAACACUUGAAAGAAAAACAAGCCAAGCGCAAAAUCGCCCGUGCCGACGAGGAAAGAAAAAUGGCCGAGAGGAAGAAGCAAGAAGAAGAGCGUCGUGUCCGCGAAAUUGAAGAGAAGAAACAGCGCGACAUCGAAGAAAAGAGACAACGUCUCGAGGAAGCCGAAAAGAAACGCCAGGCUAUGAUGCAAGCUCUCAAGGACCAAAACAAGAACAAAGGACCAAACUUCACCAUUCAAAAGAGAGAGGCCGGAGCUACCCUUUCCGCCGCUCAAAUUGAAAGAAACAAGACUAAGGAACAAUUGGAAGAGGAAAAGAAAAUCUCCCUUUCCAUCCGCAUCAAACCUUUGACAAUCGACAACUUGGGCGUAGACAAGCUCAGAGAGAAGGCCCAAGAGUUGUGGGAUUGCAUCGUCAAGUUGGAAACUGAAAAGUACGACUUGGAAGAAAGGCAAAAACGUCAAGACUACGAUCUUAAAGAAUUGAAGGAAAGACAAAAACAACAGCUAAGACACAAAGCCUUAAAGAAGGGUUUGGACCCUGAAGCCCUUACCGGCAAAUACCCACCCAAAAUUCAAGUAGCCUCCAAAUAUGAACGGAGGGUGGAUACCAGAUCAUAUGACGACAAGAAAAAACUUUUUGAAGGUGGAAUUGAUGAUCUAAUUAAGGAAACCACCGAAAAGAACUGGAAAGAGAAAUUUGGACAAUUCGAUUCCAGGCAAAAGGCCAGGUUACCCAAGUGGUUCGGUGAAAGACCAGGCAAAAAGCCCGGCGACCCAGAAACCCCCGAAGGCGAGGAAGAGGGCAAACAGGCCGUAGAUGACGAUGAUGACAUCAAGGAACCAGUCUUUGAACCUGAACCAGAAGAGGAAGAGGAAGAAGAAGAGGUUGAGGUCGAUGAAGAGGAAGAUGACGAUGAUGAGGAGGAAGAAGAAUAGAUAUCAAUAGCUAAAGCAUAAUGAAUAACAUCGUUUUACCCUUUGGGCAUGAUAUUAAUAUUCAUUUUUUGUUUUCCACUCCACAAGAAAUGUUGUUUAAUUUGUAAUUAUAUAAUAAAGUUGUAUUUGUAAUCAUAAAAAACUAUCAUUAUAUUAUUUUGGUGUUUUAUUUAUAUGUUCAAUUAGUGUUAAGGAAAAAUAAAAAAAUAAAAAGUAAUUUAACA